AUGGCCGAGCAGGCCACGACGACCAAAGCAGAGGAGGUCCCUGAGGGCAUUUGGGCCGCCCACCGAGAAGACAUGGAUGUUGAUACAGAGGUAACGACAUCAUCCUCGGAACCAACCGCCGCCGCCGCCACGCCUGACCCAGACCUCUCUGCGGUGGAUGCGAGCGAGGACGAAGACGAGGACGGGUACGAAGACGAGGACGGGUACGAAGGCGAAGACGAGGACGAAGGCGAAGACGAGGACGACGGGUACGACCCGUUCAAGGAGUUGAUCGCACCGUGGCGGAAGCGGAAGGCCAGUGCGAAUGUCAUGUGGGACAUAGAAGAGGAGCCGGUGGAAGAGCAGCGCGAGCGACGGAGGCAGGCUCAAUACCUGCACCAUCUCAAUUGCUGCCUGUGGUUUGGGUGGGCUAGCCGGCGGUACGAUGAACUCGUCUGGGGAACAGGCGAGGGCGUACCAGAGGCGCCUCCAAGGCUAGAAAUGCUAAAGCCUAAGGAGUCUAUGUUCCCCGCAAACGAGGACGGGUAA